GUAGUUGCUGCUCUCGUGGUUGCUUCUGCCACACACUCAUACACCGCCACCGCAUUUCUGCCCUUGACUCCAUAUUCCGAAAGUCAGGAUCCAUCUGAUAACCGUCGCCCCAACCCCACCGCGUCGACGCCGUCGCUGGUUGCAGCUCCGUCGCACACUGCACCGCCAUCCACGGCUUACUCUCCCAAACGCCACUGCACAUUGCAGUCUCUCAAUAGAACUAUUCCAAUUCUGCCGCACCAGACUGCCUUACUUGCAGUGUGCCUAGAAUAUCGCUAA